AUGCGUUACGAUAAUCUGCUCGGUUUUAUCCUUCAUCUUGCCACCGUUGGCAGGGUGUUGGCAAACACCCCUAUUCAUGAGAGUCAGAUUAACAAGCCCGGUGGUAAUUGGAAUCUUGCUGGCUCUUCUGCGCCUGACUGGCACUUCUCUUUCACUGAGCCAUGCUACCCUACUGCCGCCUUCUACGAUAACGGAGAGAUGCAUAAACCUGGCCUGACCGAGUGUGGCCCUCCGACACGUGACGUCAAGGGUCGCGCCCAUGAUUUCCCUACCUACUUUCUGACACGGUAUUGUGACUACGGUAACGGACACGCUGAAUGGCAUGUGAUGUACAACGUCUAUUUCCCCUGGAGUACGAACUCGGUCGGUGGCCACUACCAUGACUGGGAGUGGCUUGUUGUCAAGUGGGAGCCUCAGCCCAAUAACCCCGGCUACUGGCAUCGGAAGAGUAUUGUUCUUGAAGCACACGGCAAGACUAAAGAGUAUAAAUGGAGCGACUAUCCUAAUACCGUGAGCGCGAACGACCGAACCUGGCGCAAAGACGCCUCUCACCCCGUAGUCGUCUUUUCCAGGGACGGUCACGGGCUUACUAGCAGUACUAGUGAUCUUGGCCAGUGGUAUUGGGCUGAUGACUGGCUCGCUGAUGGCUCAAACUUCCCAGCCCGCGAUUGGGGUGAUGCAGACUCUCCCCCAAACACCUUCGAAGCGUAUGGCAGCCACGAUCUAUGCUGGGCAAUGUAG